AUGGCAGUAUCCGCAUCCACCGUGUCAGCAGCCCAGGACAAGGCCCUAGAUCGCGCGGUCCCCCAAAAGAGCGCUGUCCUUGCUGGACUCUCCGUCCGUAAUGGCCCAGUUAGGGACAACGACUCGAUGGACGUCGAUGCGCCUACGACCAACGGGAAGCGAAAAUCACGGACGUCGAUCUCGAAGCCUGCAUACAAGGACGACUCCGAUAGCGAUGCGCCAUUUGCAAAGCGUCAAAAGCAAAAGCCCGAGGCGGAUUCGGACGACGAGCCCAUCAAGUCCAGGGCAAGGAAGCUGCCUCCAUCCUACGAUGAGACUGCUCUACCCGACUCCUCUGAUGAUGACAUCCCUCUUGGUGCUAAACUCGCGAAGAAGAAGGCCUCGAUAGGGAAGCAGGCUGAGAAAGAGGCCAAGGUUAUUCGGGCAAAGGAGGCCAAGCGAAAAUCCAUCAAGGAUGAAUCCGAUGAUGAUGCUCCGAUCGCCAAGUCAUCCGCCAUCAGGCGUCAGUCAAAUGGAACCGCGGCGAAAAGAAAGUCUAACGGCGUCAAAAAGGAGGAGUCCGAUUCCGACGCGCCCAUCGCGAAGAGAGGUAAGGCCACACCUGCUGCGAAGAAGGGGAAGGGCGCACCAGCCAGCAAGAAGGAGAAGAAAGAGGCCAGUGACGGGGAAGAGGAAGAGUACGAAUGGUGGAAUGCGCCGAAGCCCGAGGACGACAGCAUCAAGUGGCAAACGCUUGAGCACAACGGCGUUCUCUUUGCUCCUGAGUAUGAACCCUUACCCAAAAACAUCAAGAUGCUCUACGAUGGAAGUCCUGUCACUCUUAGCGUGGAAGCGGAAGAAGUCGCCACAUUCUGGGUGUCAAUGAUGACUCCUGGCUCUGCCCACCACUUGGAAAACCCCAAAUUCCGAGAAAACUUCGUCAAUGACUUUUCGGAGUAUGUCAAGAAGUAUGGUGCCACAGACGCCCAGGGCAAGAAGGUGUUGAUCAAGGACUUUGAUAAGUGCGACUUCACCAAGAUGGCCGAGUGGUGGACAGCCAAAACGGAGGCCACCAAAACCAAGAACCUCUCAAAGGAGGAGAAGGAGGCUGCUAAGGCGAAGAAGGAGGCCCUUGAGGCGCCAUAUCUCCACUGUAUGUGGGAUGGCCGCAAACAGAAAGUUGGUAACUUCAGAGUCGAACCCCCUGGCUUGUUCAGGGGGCGUGGUGAGCAUCCCAAAACUGGUCGGGUAAAGGUUCGAGUGUUGCCCGAGCAAAUCACCAUCAACAUUGGCAAGGACGCCAAGAUACCAGAGCCACCUAAGGGUCAUAAGUGGAAGGCCGUUCAGCAUGACCAGAAAGCCACUUGGCUUGCUAUGUGGCAGGAAAACAUCAACGGGGCUUACAAGUACGUAAUGUUGGGUGCGGCUAGUGAUGUCAAGGGCCAGAGCGAUUUCAAGAAGUUUGAAAAAGCUCGCGAGCUCAAGAAGCACAUUGACAAGAUUCGCAAGGAAUACCGCAAGGAGCUCAAGAGCGAGGUGAUGGCGGAUCGUCAGCGUGCAACUGCCAUGUACUUUAUUGACCAGUUCGCCCUGAGAGCCGGAAACGAGAAGGAUACAGAAAACGAAGCAGAUACUGUGGGCUGUUGCUCGCUCAAGUUUGAGCACAUCACUCUUCAGCCCCCGAACCAGGUCACAUUUGACUUCCUCGGUAAAGACAGUAUCAGGUAUAACGAGACAGUCCAUGUCGAUCCCCAGGUCUUCAAGAAUCUCAAACUGUUCAAGAAGCCACCCAAGACUGAUGGAGAUGACCUAUUCGACCGACUGAAUACCUCCCAGUUGAACAAGCAUUUGAACAGCUAUAUGCAGGGCCUGACUGCGAAAGUUUUCCGUACCUACAAUGCCUCGUUCACCAUGGCAAAACUUCUCAAUGAGCUUGAAAGUGAUCCUCGCUCUCGUGGAAGUGUCGCCGAGAAGGUGAAGCUGUACAACGAUUGCAACAGAAAGGUUGCCAUUCUCUGUAAUCACAAGCGUACAGUCGGCGCAGGUCACGACGCACAGAUGCAGAAACUCGGCGAUAGGAUCAAGGGGUUCAGGUAUCAAAAAUGGCGAACAAAGAAGAUGAUCCUCGACGUUGAUCCUUCAUACAAGAAGAAGAAGGGUGCUGCUUGGUUUGAAUUGGAUGAGGAUCUCGACCAGGAAUGGAUCCAAGAGCACCAGCAGUUCCUCAUCGAGGAACAGCGAACCAAGAUCACGAAGAAGUUUGAGAAGGACAACGAGAAGCUCAAGGCAAACAAGGAAAGGCCUAUGCCUGAGAAGGAUCUCAAGGAGCGACUUCAAGUUGUCAAGGAGCUCGAGGCUAAGUUCAAGAAAGAAAACAAGUCUGGAAAGGUCGAGGCUGAAGGCAGGGGGGCUACGGUUGACAAGUUCCUCAAGGCCAUUGAGAAGCUCGACGAACGCGUAAGAACUCUUGAAACUCAGGCUGAGGAUCGUGAUGGGAACAAAGAGGUUGCGCUGGGCACCUCAAAGAUUAACUAUAUCGACCCCCGGUUGACCGUGGUCUUUUCGAAGAAGUUCGAUGUCCCCAUCGAGAAGUUCUUCUCCAAGACCCUACGAGACAAGUUCCGGUGGGCUAUCAAGUCUGUUGAGGAUGCGGAAGACUGGACAUUCUAA